GUCACUUCCCGGAAGUAGGCUGCCGUUGCCAUGCGGUGACGGCGCUGCGGCGGUGAGCAUGAAGUCGCCCAAGGUGAGGAAGGAUAAGGCCGAGAGGCCCGAGUACGAGGAGACGGAGAAAACCUACGAGGAGCUGGUGGCGAAUGUGAACCCCAUCGCGCAGCCGCUGGCCUCCAGGAAACUGAGCAAGAAGCUGUACAAAUGCGUGAAAAAAGCUGCAAAAGUGAAACAGAUUCGUCGAGGCGUGAAAGAAGUUCAGAAAUUCAUCAACAAAGGGGAGAAAGGGAUUGUUCUAUUGGCUGGUGAUACUCUGCCAAUUGAUGUUUACAGCCACUUGCCAAUCUUGUGUGAAGAUAACAACCUUCCGUAUGCUUAUAUACCAUCCAAAAUGGAUUUGGGAGCUUCUGCAGGAUCCAAACGACCAACGUGUGUGAUAUUGAUUAAACCUCAUGAAGACUAUCAGGAGGCAUACAGUGAGUGUUUAGACGAGGUGCAGUCACUAAACCUUCCUGUUUGAAGGAACAAACUCAUCUCCGCAAGGAACAUGUUUUCUCACAACAUAGAACACUGAAUCAGUGAUAUCUGAUUCACUGCUGCCUGUGCCAGUUGCUGGAUGUUGUUUUCAAUGUUUAAGAUUUUCAUGUUUGAAAUAUGUACUGAUAUUAAAGUUUGUCCUGUUGUUAGAAUUUUUCUCACUAAAGUCAUAAACUCCAGAAGUGAAAGAUGCCUUUUAUCUUUUAUUUUCGGAUAUUUAUUCACUCAGCUUCAGAUAAUGUUGAUGAAACUAAACAUUUAGGGCUAAUCUUUUGAAUUGAAUGAAAAUUGGACUUAGGGAAGAUGAUGGCAUCAACAAGGACUGCAAACCAUUUCAGUCAUUGGGUCUUAGUGAGUAGUUUCAGUGAGCUGCUAAUAUUCAACAAGUCUGACAUGCAGGUCAGUAUUUUUAGGGUGAAGGAAACUGGAGCGACAUUCAGUGUGCUUCCACUGUCUGGUAGGGACACCUCUAAGCAAUCAGUGGCAGAUGGAAGAUUCCAUGUCAUUUCUGCUCUGUCCAUCUUUCAGUGGAGCUGAUUUUUUUUUUCUUCGACCUGCCUUUAAGGUGGAAUCAGGCAACUCAACAGUUGGUGUCAUUGGAGUCCACCAAGUGAUUAAGUUGAAUGCUGCUGACAAAAAAAAUUAAACUUUUUUAUCAAGACAAACCCAAGAAUGCCAAGUGCUUGUUAUUUCCAUGACAAUUUGGCGAAUCAAAGUCUACUUGCUAACCAAUCUCCUGGAGUAUAAAUUGUUGUGAUAAUUUGAAAUUUGGUAUUCUUGUGUUUAUUCUGGGGUGUGUGAGAGGAGAAACUUCAGCAAUAUGCCUGUCCUUUCAAAUUAUUAAAGUUGUAUAAUACUAAGCAACUGUUGUUUUGGUGAGAUGACAACCCAUUGAGAUCACUGAUUGCUAUAAAACUAGUGCUAUUUGGAAAAUGUUGUAAUCUUGUGCAUAGAGAAAAUCAUAAAUAUUUCCAAUUCAUCCAUUCCACUUGUCAAGUUAUGAGAAUGCAUUUGGAAAUUUUCCCUUUUACAAGAUGCUCGAAUCUGACUUACAUACCAUAUCUCUGUAGCAUUGCACAUUAUUAACUUUUGUACAAUGUUUGCUAAUAAAAUGAAAUGAUCUAACAUUUUAAAA